CGGACGUGAAAUCUGUGAUGCGGCGACAGGUAGCAGGUGGCGUAGUUUACCUUUACCGCUCUGCGAAAGUCAAGCCGCGACAACAACGGCAACAAUAACUAUAAUCGCAACAACAUUCUUAAUUGUGUUUACCUUUGAUUGCCGCUGCUGCAGCGAGGAAAAGUGAGACUGGCGACUGAAAUAACUGCGAUUCGUGCGUGUGUGUUUGUGUCUUGUCGCGUCCUCCGCCGCCGCCCGCCCUGUUUUUGUUUGUUUGUUUUUUGGUUCUUAUUCUCACUGUCGCCGUUCCUGCCUCUGUCUCUGUCGCUGCAAGUGCACUCGGUUUUCCUUUUCCCCAAUUGGAAUGUGCAGCCAAAGAAAAGCAGAGCAAAGCCACAACAACAAGGCAAAGGAAGAGGGCAAAUAAAAGAACAAAUCAGAGAAACAACGGUAUUUUGUCAACGAGAAAACCGAGGAGAAUUUUAUAUAAGCACUAAAAGCACAUAGCAUAAUCUACUAUUCACAUACAUUCUGCCACACAACAACAACAACAACAACAACAACAACAGCACUCGCAAUAAAAACAAGGCAACCCAACCUACUACAUCUACAACUACAGCAACAACAAUAACUGAAGAAUAAGCAACGACGAGGCAACGGCAAAAAGUACUAAUAAAUACAAUUUUACACAUUCACAUUCCAUUUUUGAUUCUUUUGUGUGUGAAAAACUUAUAAGAGAUAAAAGCAACAAGAACAACAAAGCAACACGAAACCAACGGCAAAUAACAAAAGUAUCAGCAGCAGCAGCAGCAACAAAAACAACAACAGUAAGCAGCAUAGCAAAGCAGCGACGUUGACGACGACCGCGGCAGCGAAGAAGAAGAAAGAUAAAUACAUAGCAAUUUCGACUAAAUAAAGUUUGCCAACCGUCGUCGGUCCAAGCGAACGUUCCUGUGUUCCUCCGCAUUCCCGGUCGUUCCUGCAAAACGGUGUACCGCAAUACGCAACCCCCCCCCAAGUUCGCUCUCACGUGCCACUUGUUGCCGGCUCUGCUCACUCUACACCCCCUACACCCCUCUCUUCGAUUCAUCCACGAUUGAGAGCUGUGGGUGAGGCAAGGCAAGGAAGCUGGCAGAAGAGACUAGAGGAGUCUGAGGAAGAGGGACGGGAUGCAGUUGAUGGCUAGCGGUUACGGUCACACCACUAUCAUCGUUGCUUCCUGUUCCUGUUGCUCCCGUUCCAGUUACCCCCCCGUUUCCGUUCCAGUUCCCGUUCGCCCUCUGCAGGAUGGAGAGCGAACAGCAACAGGAGGCGGCGGGCGGAAGUCCACAGUUGUGUCGCAUCUGUAUUACCACCCACCACAACAACAACAACAAUAACAACAACAAUAGCAACAGUAAUAGCAACAACAAUGCCGCCACCAUUGCGCAAAUGAUUCCCAUCUUCGGCGAGGAUGCGCUCUGGCAGAAGAUUACCACGCUGGCCAACGUCAAGAUCAGCAAAAAUGAUACCCUGCCGCAGCAGGUAUGCGUAGACUGCGCCCAGCUGACCAUCUCGGCAUGCCAGUUGAAAAAGAAGUGCGAGGAGGCGGACCACUUUUAUCGCCAGCAACUGCUGUCCCGUCGACAGAAGAUCGAGGGCGUAGAUCCGUUGGAGGUUAGCUCCGCCGCUGCUGUCGACCAGGCCAAGAGCAGUGGCUGCAGCAGCGGCAGCGGUAGCAGCAGUGGCAGCGGCAGCAGCUCCACCAGCAGCAGUUCCUCCUCCGACGAUGAUGAGGAGGAGGAGGAGGAGGAGGACAAUGAUAACGAACAAGACAAUGCCGGAGGCGGUGCUCCGCACAAGCGUUUGCCCAAUGGCCAUGGCAUUAAUGGCCAUCGUGGGGAAGAAGAUGAUCAGGAUCAGGAUCAGGAUCAGGAUCAGGAUCAGGAUGAGCAGGAUAACGAUAACGAUCUGGAAGCAGUCGAAGAGGACGAAGAUGAGGAGCUGGAGGAGGGCCAGCGCAACGGCGUAGAGUUGGUCGUAGGCAAGCCAGAUGAUAUGGAGGAGCUGAAUCCGUUGGAACACCACCAUCACCACACCGAUGACGAUGGUGAGAUUACCGUCCAUGGUGUGCAUUCUAAGGACCCGCCGUUCGACAUUAACUCGAUCCGGCUGAUGCAGGAAUACAUGCAGCAUCAGAUGAACAAGUUCCCCAAUGGCCAGACGGGCCAGGAUAUGGACCUUGAUCUUGACCAGCAGCAGCAGCAGUUGCAUAACCAACAAGACGACGUUGAUGACGACGAUGAGGAUAUGUCGCUGCCGCUGAUACCAGAGAUUGAGCUUAUUACGCCGGGCGAUGAGCCACCGCCAUCAGAAGGCAACGGCCUGGCAAUCAACGGCGUGGUCCAGGGAUUGGGUGGACCGGGUUUCCAGUGCCCGCACUGCUAUCAGAUCUUCGAGAUGAGGCAGAUCCUCAAGGCGCACAUGCAGAGCGUGCAUGGUGCCCCGGGACCGGUGUACGAGUGCAGCAAUUGCCGCAAGACCUACUUCUACAAACGCUUCCUGGAGAAGCAUAUCCGCCGUGGCCGUUGCGUCAAGAAGCGUCGCAAUCAAACUCGUCCCAUGCAGUGCUCGGAUUGCCAUGUUCUCUUUCCAACGGGCCAUCAUCUUGGCUGGCACAAGCGCACAGGAUGUCCUUCGAAGGCGGCCAAGAUGCCCCUGCAGCAGCUGUUUAAGCAAAAUAUAGUGCAGUUUAAUAAUUUUCCCAAGCGUAUAGCUGCGGGAGGUGGCGUUGCAGGAGGUGGAGGUGCAGCAGCAACACGCAAGCCCAUAGCUCCUGAGCUUCAUGUGAUUAACAAUCGCAAGCUGGGCUUAGUGAACAAGCGCAAGGGACGCACUCGCAUCAAGCUGGAUGCCAAGAAGAUUGCUCUGGCCAAGCAGCUGAUAUUGCGCGAGGCCACCACCACGGUGAUUGCAAACGAACUGAACAUUUCGCGCACAUUUGCCUGGCGCCUGCGCAAGAGUUUGGUCAAUGGGGUCAGCUUGCACGAGCGCGUGGUGGAUCCUUCCCAAGAGGAUCAACAUCAGCAGCAGCAACACCAGCAGCAACAGCACCUCCAGCAGUUGCAGCAGCAACACCAUCAUCACCAGCAGCAGCAACAGCAGCAAGUCCAUAAGCAAGAGGAGCUGGAGCGCGAGCGUGAGCGAGAGCAUCAGCAUUUGAACCUGCCAUAUGGCCACCUGGGACUGGGCCUCAUCAAGGAGGAGCAGCAGGAUAGCGAGGAUGAGCAGCAGCAGCAGAAUCACCAUCAGCAACAGCACCACCACCAAAUCGGUUUGAUGGACGAAUACGGAGCGGACGAGAUUGGAGCCGAGGAGACUGCCGGCUAUAUGGGCGAUGAGGAUGCCGUUUCCGGAUUGCUCCACAAUGGCUAUGAUCCCGAUUCCGAUCCCAUUGAGCAUGAUCCCUUCGAGGGCACCACCGCCACCACCGAGAAUGAGCGACAUUCCAAUGGGCGUCGUCCCGGUUCGAUUUCGCCAGCGGUACCAGUUCCGGUGCAAGUCCAUGCGGUCACGCGUCCGGAAGUUGAGGCCUACAAGCGUCUGUUGGCCGAAUCCCAGCACUUUCCCCACAUUGUCAAUGCCCAGCAGUUGCAGUUGCAGCAACAACAGCAGCAGCAGCAGCAACGGGAGAGGGAAAGGGAGCGGGAACGGGAGCAGAUGCAGCAUCAUCAGCAAAAGGCACACAAUGGAGGAAUGCCCAUGCUAAGACGUUAUCCAAGCACCGUUAUGCACGCUUUGCCCGUCAACCUGUCUCUGCGCUCCAUGCCGCCUCACAUGAACAGCAACGAAAGCAAUGGCAGUUCCAGCAGCAACACUGCAGCUCCUCCGCCCGUUGCUGCGGCCUCCUCCUCGUCCACAACGACCACGCCAACCGGCAAGAAGCCCCGCAAGCCGAACGUUUUUAUAGAUGAUGAAAAGUAUGCCAUGGCCAAGUUGUUGGUGGCCCAAAAUUCAUCGACCAUGGAGAUAGCGCGAGCUCUCAAUGUAUCCCAGAUGACGGCCUGGAAAGUGCGCGAUGCCAUUCUCAAGGGAGUGCCGCUCUCGUAUCGCAAUAAGCGAGCCGAUGGCAGGCAUGCCGAGGAGCAGAUGACGGCCAAGGAGCAACAGCAGCAGCAGCAACAACAGCAGCAACAGCAGCAGCUUGAGCAACGCCAACAGGAGCUGCAGCAGCAGCAGCAACGCCAGCAAGAGCUUCAGCAGCAGCAAGAGUUACAGCGCCAGCAGCUAGAGCAAAUGGAGAUGAUCAAGCAACAGCAGCAGCGUCAGCAGCAACAGCAGCAGCAGCAGCAGGAAUUGCUGCUUCAGCAGCAGCAGCAGCAACAGAUGCGUCACCACCCUCCAGCAGCAGCAGCAGCAGCAGCAGUAUCUGCGGCAGAUACAUCACAUCACUAUCAACAGCAAGCGAAGGCGCUGCAUCCGCGACGUCGUCUAAAGGCCGCCGAACGCGAGCUGCGCGACAAGGAGAUCACGCGUGAAAUACUCGAGCUAAUUAAGGAGGAUAGCAAUAUACAGUACUGGAAGGUAUCUGCACGCUUGGCCGAAAAAGGCAUCAAUAUAUCGCCCUCGUCCGUCUGCCAGAAGCUCAAAUCGAUGGGAAUUCAUCGCCGUUGGAAGCCGGGCGAUAAGCCGCCCAUGUUGGCUAUAAGUCAGCUUAAAGCGGCCACUGCAGCUGCAGCGGCAGCGGCAGCGGCGGCAGCAGCAGCGGCUGCCAGUUUGACAGGAGGAGGAGUACCAGGAGUCCCCGGCGGAGGUGGAGGAGUUCCCGCCGGUAGUGGCUUUGGGUUACCCGCUGAUGAUGGUUAUGAGCCGCAGCAGUUUGACAUGGGUGGGCCACACUUUCUGAGUGCCUUUACGCGUUGAAUAAGCAGCAGCAGCCGUGUAGAUCUAGACACUACACAUGGGUUUGAAGUGAAGGAAAGAAAGAAAUUAAACUUGCAACAAUUUCCAGGAAGGACGGAUAGGGAGAGAGAGAGAGAGAGAAGGGAUAGAGAAAGAGAAAGAGAGAGUUUGUAGGUUUAUUGAUGAAAGGAAAUUAAUUUUUAGAUCAACAGUCUCUUGUUUCGUUCCGUUUCGAUUUGAUAUUCUCUCGUUUCAUAAGUUUGCUUUUAUUUUUCUUUUGUUUUCGUUGCAACUGCAUACACAUAUGAAUAUAUAUACAAAUAUGUAUAUAUAUGUAUCACACAUGAAUCGAAACACAUUAACUUGUAUUUUUUAUAUAGUAUUUGCUGUGGAGGAGAAAGAACAACUUCUUAUUUGUAUUUUGUAACCGAUAUGAGAUAGAUAUAUAUUGUACGAUUCUGUAUUAGAUUUAUGUACACAGGUAUAUCCCAUAUAUGUAUAUAUAUGUAUACAUAUAUACACACACAUGCCCAUUCCAAAACGAGGAACCAUUCGUAGAGCCCUUCCUUUUACCCGUUGAGCAGCUUCUUCCACCCAAAAAAAAAA